AACCAACAACCCCAUGUGAGAAAACGUGUCAUCGGUUCGGCUGUAUUUGUAGAUGCCGAGCUCCUAUAUAUAGACUACCGUGUGAGUAUUGCAGUCACAAGCUUAAACAGAGAUACUCUUCAAACUAGCUAGUAUCCUAAGUAAGACCCCAGCGAUCGAACUGCUGAGCAAGCAUGGCUCCUUUGAAGUCCUCGGCGAGUAGUGGUAGCGACAAGCUGAAGCUGGAAACGAUAGCCAGCUGCAAGUCGAUUCCAUGGGCCGAGAGCCGCACCGGUUUCCCUGUACUGGUACGAGUGACGGCACCCCUGGAGCGCACGCAUCGUCUCAGCGUGGACCUUGUCGCCGUACUCGACACAAGCGGAAGCAUGGGAGCGCCGGGUAGGCUGGAUAGCGUGAAACAAGCUAUGGGGUUCGUCAUCGACAACCUCGGCGACGACGACCGGCUGUCCAUCGUGCCCUUCCGCCGAACAGGAAACGACCACCUGCGCUACCCCCUGAGCGAAAUGUCGGAAGAGAACCGGACGAAACUGAAAACCGUUGUCAACCGCCUGCAGCCAGGGGGGGGAGACGAUUUGGAAUCUGCGAACGAGGCAGCAAAGAUACUUCAGCAGCGUACACCGGAUGAUAUUAGUAGCCGUAUAGGGCGCAUCAUCUACCUGUCUGAUGGUACCUAUAAUGUGAAGGAUAUUAUCCCCGACUACCCUGCAAAUACCUUUGGCUUAAGUGCCUCCCAUCAACCCGAGACCAUGCGAUACAUCAGCGACUGCACCUCAGGCGUCUAUUCGUACGUGAACACGAAACUUGAGAACAUCAAGGACGCCUUUGCGCAGUCCAUCGGUGGCCUCACAUCGGUCACUGCCAUAGACGUCAAGAUCAAGCUACAAACCAAUGAGGGUGUUAGUAUAUCGUCCAUUGAGUCCGGUAGUUACCGUCAGAGCAUCAGCGCCGACAAGCAGGUGGGCACAAUAGAAAUCAACGAUCUCUAUGCCGGCGAGAAGAAGAACUUCAUUGUGUUCCUGUCAAUUCCAGAGGGCAAGGAGAAACUUAUAACCAUCGGUGGUACAUAUCGGAAUGUGAAGAUCAGCAAGAAUGACAUUAUCCAGUUUGGUGAGAGCGAAGUGGUUGUCAAGCGGCCUAAGGCGAAUACUCCUUCUCGCGAGGUCUUGCACCCUGAGGUGGCCGCGGAGCUUGCUCGGCUGGAGCUCGUCGAGGCCGUAUCAGCCAUGGCGACACUGCCGCAACAGGACAACGGCGAGCUGCAGAGUUUAUGGGACCGGAUAAGGAAUUCUGAAAAUGGGGUCAAGGCCCUAAAGAAAAGCAUCUCUGACCUUGACAAAGGUGUAUCCGCAAUGCAGAGGGUGUUGGCCCAGACCCGGCAGUACUCUCGCCGAUCUGUUACCAAACACAGCCCCUUUCGUACGUGGAACCUCCACGAGGCCCUUUUACUUGGCUGGGCAAGUGCACACCAAGAAAUAAGCCUCCUGGUUCCCAACGUGGACACCAUGCUUGUGAGCUUCCACGCCUGCUUGGUGGGCUCCCGUAUGCACCUCCUGCCGGCCUGCUAG